UUCAGUCGGUCAAAAUGAUGCUCUACACCCUGGUGCUGGUGCACGUGGUCCUGGCCAUUGUCCAUGGAUCCCUGGCAGAGAAAAUGAUGCGGCCCAAGUUCAAGGACAUCAAGAUCUGGAGCGACGAGAAGUACGUCUCGCACAAGGUUGUGUACGACAGCAGCGACCCGCACCUUAACUUCACCAUGGAGGUGCACCAGGAGCUGCACGACGUGGACGUCCACCUGGAGGUGCGCGUCACCAACAAGCUGGACCCGCUCUACACCACCAACCUGAACACCACCCUGAACGUGUGCCGCAUCCUGGGCUUCGCGAACAAGUCGCCGGUGGGGCGCUUCGUGCACGGCUUCAUUCGCGAGUUCGGCAACAUCGUCGAGAACUGCCCCAUUGCCAAGGGCUCCUACUUCAUCAACAAGUUCUGGUGGCCGGAGGACCCGACCACCGCCAUGCUGCCCGAGCUCGAGUUCGAGAUCGUGUGGCAGGCCAUGCUCCUGGACGCCAGCAAGAAGCGCACUCUGAUCAUGAACGACCACUUCGGCGGGGAGUUCGUCGUCCAGGACGUCAGCAACCUCAAGCCCGGCAUCUUCGCCAUGCUGCCCAAGAUCGCCUAAAAGCUCUGGUCUACUCGUCUCCCUGCCCCGAGAUGAGCCUUUCAGCGUUGUCGCGCGUCCCAAUGGUAUUUACUUAGUGUUGUCCAGUGUCCCUCUGGGGUUACCCAGAAAAUAGGGAAAUAAAGUUGCCUCAGAAAAAGCAAAACAGGAUCUGAAUUGUU